AUUGAAAUGAAAAGAAAAAUUAAGAUAUAACCAAUUAAUAUUCCACAUUAAGAUAGUCCAAUAGUAAUAGAGAUGAAUGAUACUGAUUUAUUUUAUUUGAAGGCUAAAAAAGGUGUAGCAGGUAAUUAAUAAAUAUAUAUACAGAUAUUCUGAAGGGAAUAAAUUAGGAUGAGUUUGUAUUUUAUUCUAAAUCAAAAAGUUUAGUAGUUCAUGAAGAAGAUAGAGUAUCAAAGUAAAAAUUUAAACUAUUAAAAAUAGAAUAUUUUUAAAUAAAGAUUCUAAUGAAAUAGAUUUAUAUUUAACAUCUGAUUUAAUUAAGAAAGCAGUAUCAGUAGGAGGAGGAGUUGCAGGUGGAGGAUAAUUUUAUUAAGCGGCUUAAUAAAUAAUGGGAUAGUAGUAGAAUAAGGAAGCUAAGUUAGAGAAUGAAAUUAAGGAUUUGAAAUCAGAAGUAUUAAAAUUAGAAAAUCAAUUAAGAAUUGAAAAAAAUGAUCUUAAUAAUUAAAUUUCAGAAUAUUAAGAUUAAAUUCAAGAAUUAUAAAAUGAAUAAAAAUCUUUAAAAAAAUGGUUUGAUGAUAAAGUUUAAUAAGAGGAAGAAUAAAGAGCUGAAAUAAUAUAAAAAUACAAAGAUAUGAUGGUUGUUAAUAAUAAUUUAAGAAAUGAAAUAAUGUAAAAAGAAAAUCUAAUUGAAGAAUUAUAAUAUUAAUUAAAAACUGCAGAAGUUGAGAAAAAGUUUAAUGAAGAUUAAUAUAAAAGAGAAAAUGAAUAGGGUAGAUAAUAAUCAACUAUGUUAAAUGAUACUGAAUUUUAAAAAGCUCGAUUUGAAGUUGAGAAUCUUAAUAGAUUAUAUAAGGAAGAAUAAUUUGAAAGAAAAAAAGAAAAGGAAGUUGCAUCUUAAUUAUAGAAACAAAUUUAAGAAUAAAAAAAUAAAUUAUAACAGAAGUGUGAAGAAUUAAAUUAAGCUAGAAGUUAUGCAGAAUAAGAAAUAGCUAAUUUAAAGGAAGAUAUUAAAAGAUUAGAAGAAAAAUGCUCUUAAUAUAAAGAUCAAAUAAUAUAAUAAAAAAAAGAUAUAACUGAUUAAACAAAUAAAUACAUGUAGAUUUAAAUAAAACUUAGUGAAGUAGAAGCAGAAUUAAGUCUUUAAAUUAAAAAUGUUAAUAAACUUAGAGAUGAUGUUAAGGAAUAAUAGUAAGAAAUAGAAAGAAAAGAUAAUAUUAUUAGAGAUAUUAAAAGUUCAAAGGAUGCAUAAUUAAAUAAGAUGAAUAAAUCUGAAGAAGAAAAAUAAGAUAAAAUUCAUGCUCUAGAAAAUGAAGUCAAAAAAAUCACAGAAGAUAGAAGAAGAAUAAAAGAUUAAUUGUAAGAUGAAAAUCAAUAAAAAACAAUUGAAAUUCAUAAGUUAUAAAAAGAAUUGUAAAAUUUAAUCGAGACAAGUAAUUAAAACAUGUAAACUGCAAAUUAAAAAAUUGAAAAAUUAUUAAAUCAACUAGAAAAAGAAAAUGAAAAAUUAAAAGUUGAAGAAAACAAAAGAGCAUAAUUAGCUAAAAGAAUAAAAGAAAAUGCACUUAGAAAAGUAGGAGAUGGUAAAAUCGUUUCACCAACUGAGGCUCUUUUCAAAAAUAUGUCAAAUCCUUUUGAAUUUUUAAAAAAUGAAAAUAUAAUGACAAAUGAUUGGACUGUUUAAGUUGAGAUUUUAAGAAUUGAUACAAAUAAAGCAUUAGAGAGUUUAAUUAAAUCUUAAGAACCUAAUAUAGCAUAAUUUGUACAAAGAGAACCAAUUGGAAAUUGGACAAUCAAGAAAAGCUUAGGAAUUGUAAAAAAUUAAAUUAAUUAAUCUAGAAUGGUGAUGGUACUAAAAGAAAAGCCUUUCUUAUGUAAGUUAUAAGCAGUGAAGGUGAUCGUUAUACUCAUUAAGUUUUUUUAGUUAAAGAAUUGAUUGGAUUUGAAAGAAUAGUAACUGUUGAAAAAGCCCUUUAUGUUGCUUAAAGUUCCCUUAUUGCUAAAGUUCUUGCUGACCUUUUUUAAGAUAAAAUUUAAAAGUCUGUUCCUGAAAAGCCUCCUUGCAAAUUUGCAUAUAGAGAACCCUUUUUAUUAUAAGCAGCAGAAGGAAGUAUCAUAAUAAAUUCUUAUCAUUUAAAGAUUUCUAUAUUGCUGAAAGAUUGACAAAAGGAAAUUUCACUAAAUUUAAUGGAGAAGGUGAAUCUAUAGAUAAGGAUUAAAAAACUACAAGUUAUCUUAAUGCUUUUUCACUUUUCACUUAUUUUGCUACUCAAAAAAUGUUGAUGGUAUCUAAUAUUUAAGGAAAUUAUGAUGGUGCUGAAUAUAUUUUAUGUGAUCCUGUUAUUUCUUCACCUGAAGGGAUUAUGGGAGAUGAAGACUUAGCUGAACCACACAUCUUAUAAUUUUAAGAUAAUUUCAAAGAAAACCCAAAAAACUAUGGAAAAAAUUAUUUAAACAGUUUAGGAUUUAAAAUUUGA